CACGAGGCUGGCAAUACUGCACCUGAGGGGCGUUUGAGCAAGAGUCAGCUGAUUUCUUGACAGCCAAUUAAAGGAAGGAUUUGGAAUGACAUAAAUAAGCUCCAAGAAAGCAUGAAGAUGGGUCAGCAUCAGCAUAUUAUCCCCCUACUGCCAGCAGACCAGAACAGGAUAUCUACUGUAAACAACUGUGUGGAUGUUCUCCUUCAUCUCGAGAAGGUUGUUGACGAUGUUUUUAAUUCCAUAACAUCACGGCUCAAUGAAACAACAGUUCGUUUACAGGACUUGAAACAAAGGGCAGCUAAUGCUCAAGCCAAAGUAGAUAAGCUAACUGGGGCUACCAAGGCAACACAGGUGUUUUCAAGUGCUCAGUACCCUGGAGGAGAGAAAUAUGUGCCUUCUGCUCCACUUCAUAAAGGAGAAAAUCCAAUAGAGUUUGUCUCCACCCCACUGAAGAUAAAGGAAGGCUUUGUACACAAUCAAGAAGCUUUGCAGGAAAAGCUGCAGUUCUACCAUGUACGGGAGAGGCGUGGAGCUUCAGGAAAGAUAAAGGGCUUGGAGGAUACAAAACAGGAAGAUGGCUUAGGUAGACUACCACCCCACCUUUCGUCAGUCUCUUCCCUGCUUCUGUAUAACACAACCCAUAAUCCCUACAAAAAGUAUAUGGUGCUGGAUCCCCUUGGUGUGGUGUCUGGUACUCGUGGAGAAGGAUCAAGAAGCAGAUCUGACACUACAAAUUCUGGACCUACUUUGCAUGAUGCACCAGCAACUUUACAGGAUGGAGAUCAAGGGCUAAUUGCAAAGGAUGAAUACCAGUACCUCCCAGAUUUAUCAGACCUCCCUGAUCUAGAUCUGCCCAUGGAAUUACCCUCUCUCCCUGGUAUUGCCAAUGAUCUCCUCUAUGAUGCUGAUAUUGGACCAGCAAUAGCACCAUCAGUUGGGAUGCCUGAUCUACCAACAUUUUCCUUGGAAGGACCAGACACACAAGUUACAGCAGCAACCACUUCCCUGGAACCUCCUCCACCACCUCCACCGGAUGUGACCUCAAACACUCAGCCUCCACCUCCACCACCCCCAGCUACCACUUCUCAGCCUCCAUCACAGAUACCACCUAAUGGUAGUAGUGUUGCUUCACCUCCGCCACCUCCACCCGCUCCUCCUGUGAGUGGAGCCCCACCUGCUCCUCCACCGCCACCUCCUCCUCCGCCUCCUCCUCCACCUCCUCCAGCCCCAUCAGCAUCCGCUCCCGGGGACACUAGUGGAGAAUCAGCAGCACCAAAGGGCGUUCCUGAGGUGGUGACAACUGAUGCCCGCAGUAACCUCAUGAAAGCUAUCAGGAGGCAGGUGGGGCAGGAAAAGCCAAACUUCGCAGUAGCAAAGAACGGAAAAAGGAGACCAAGAAGAAGGAGGCUGCUCCAGCAGCAGCUACAGGUGGUGACCUCAUGAGUGAUCUUUUCAGCAGACUAUCCCAAAGACGAAAAGGUAUAUCAGGAGCUCCAAAGCCUGUGACUGAUGAAGCAAAAAAUCCAGGAAGAACUGAGGGUUUGUCAACAAUGGAGAAGAUGGCGGCAAUCAUACCCCCACCACCUCUUAGUGAGACCAACGAAGAAGAAAAUAAUGCAAGCGAUGGUGACUGGGACUAAUAAGCUCAUGGCUAAUUAGAUCACUGACUUUGGAUAGGGGGUCAUUUGUGAAUAUACAGAUUUAUAUUAUAUUUAUACUGAUGAUAUGAAUGGGAUGUAUUCAUGUAUGGAUUAGAAUACACAAAACAACCGUGAUAUAUUUUAUUGCAGAAAAUCAUGGCUAGUUUGAUUUUGAACCCAUUGAUUAUUUCCUGUUUCAGUAUUUUUUUCAUAUUUAUAUUUAUUUAUUUAUUAUUAUUUUUAUUUUUUAUUUAUUUAUAUUUUUUUUCCCCUUUAAUUUCAUGAAAAACAGGCUGAUUAUUUUACAAUUGUGAUUUUUGGAUAAAGCAAUUAUACUAGUUACCUCAGCUAUUUAUGAAUAAGUAGUCCAAGAAUAUCUGUUUUAUUGAUUCAGAAUGACAAUGUAGAAUUAUGUUUCCUUCCUAUACCUUGAAUAUUAAAGAAUAGCUUUAGUCUCUGAACAAAAGAUCAGACAGCUGAAUAUUGUGCAAAUUUAAACAUUUAUGUUAUCAAUAGAAUCAAAGGGACCAAUCAUUGUGAUCGUAGUAUUUAUUCUUAUAUUUUCUAUCUCUGUUUUCAUGUAUUUUUUUAUUGUAAGUCACAGUUGUUUGCAUAGUCAGAUUAUGUUUGUAAUGUAUUACCCUAUAUUUCCAUCCCUAAUAUAUGAAACCAAUUAAGUUAUACAUACUCUUUCCUGCAGACUGUGAUGCAUGAUUAUAGCAUAAUGUCCAUUGCACUGGAUAUGUCUUAAAUAAUGCAUUGCUAAAGAAAUCACACUUGACUUUCAGAUCUAAAUUUUGGCUAAUAGUAACUUGACCUGUUUCUGUCCUAUAAUUUCUGUCAAUGCAUAUUCUUAAAUUUGUUUAUUUUUCACCUUUCUACCUGAAAAUUCAGUGAGAUUAUGUUAUAACUCUUGGGCCAUGAUUAUAUCAAUUCCAGUGUAAACAAAAUGUUGCUUAUUGCUUAAAUGCAAAUGAACUUUGGGAUAUUGAUAGGAAAUAUCUCAGUGCAAGUUAAAAGAAAUACUCCUGUAUCAUAUCUUUGUCUACAGUGUAAUGAUUUAUGAAAUUAAAAUCAGGAAAUAUG